UUAAGUAGCAUUAUAGUCAUCUGUGGUGAUAGGAAAUAGGAAUUAUAUGAGCAUAACUGAUUUUUAAUAAUAAUUUAAUUACAUUGACACAAAAAAACAUCACCUAUCAUAUACGGCCAAUCGAAAAAGUUGUUAAUAAGAUAUUGUAGUUGGUGUUUAUUCAGAAGUUAUUUUAUUUUAUUAAUUGUGAACUGUGAAAUAAUAAAGAUAAAACAGUUUUACAAAGGAUGGUAAAACAUAGUAGUGCCUACAUCUACAUUUGAUUAAGGCUAACCUAUCAUAUAAAAAGUAACGAUGGAGACGGAAGAUGGCGUCGGACGCAAUUUGUUGGACGACAUGCCACCUAUAAACUGUGAUCUGUUCGAGGGACCCUACGGUGGCAGCAAUGAUAUCGGAGAUAUGACGUUUUGCCUCGGAAACUAUGUACCUGACUUUAUGAAGAUGUUGUUUACAAUGCGAUCGCAUCACAUGCUAACUGAUGUUGUUUUAGAAGUAGGAAAUGAAUUGUUUCACGUUCAUAAAGUGGUUUUAGCCGCUGGAAGUCCUUAUUUUAAGGCAAUGUUUACGAGUGGGUUAAAGGAAUGCGAGAUGUCUCGUGUACGCCUCCAGGGUGUGUGCCCGUCGGCCAUGGCGUGGCUCGUAUACUUCAUGUACACGGGGAAAGUGCGCAUCACGGAGGUCACGGUGUGCCAGCUCCUACCCGCCGCUACCAUGUUCCAGAUAUCGAACGUAAUAGAUGCGUGCUGCGCAUUUCUCGAGAGGCAGCUGGAUCCGUCCAACGCCAUCGGCAUCGCGAACUUCGCGGAGCAGCACGGCUGCGCGGAUCUCAAGCAGAAGGCCAACCAAUUUAUUGAAAGACAUUUUACACAAGUUUGUCAAGAGGAAGAAUUUCUACAGUUAACGGCUCAGGAACUGAUAUGCUUAAUACGGAAAGACGAGUUAAACGUGAGAGAAGAGAGGGAAGUCUACAACGCCGUGUUGAGUUGGGUCAAAUUCGAUGAGGAUCGACGUUACCCGCGCAUGGAGCACAUCCUACAGGCCGUACGCUGCCAGUACCUCACCCCCAGUUUCCUGAAGGAGCAGAUGAGCACGUGCUCCGUGCUCAAAAAAGUGCCCGCCUGCAGAGAGUACCUCGCCAAAAUAUUUAAGGAUCUGACGCUACACAAAAAGCCAGUGGUAAAAGAACGGCGACCCAACACGCCGCGCAUCAUCUACGUGGCGGGCGGUUACUUCCGGCACUCCAUCGACGUGUUCGAAGCGUUCAACAUCGACGACAACUGCUGGAUCACGCUGCCCAGACUCACCGUGCCUCGGUCUGGUCUCGGAGCUGCUUUCCUUAAGGGCAUGUUCUACGCGGUGGGGGGGCGCAACACGUCGCCGGGCUCGUCGUACGACAGCGACUGGGUGGACGUGUACAGCCCCGCGGGCGAGCACUGGCGCCCCUGCAGCCCCAUGGCCACGCCCCGGCAUCGCGUCGGAGUGGCGGUGAUGGACGGGCUGCUGUACGCGGUCGGCGGCUCGGCCGGCACGGAGUAUCACAAGACUGUCGAGUGCUACGACCCCGAGAAGGACGCGUGGGCAUACGUGGCGUCAAUGGGUCGCGCGAGACUGGGCGUGGGCGUGGCCGUGGUCAACCGUCUUCUGUACGCGGUGGGGGGCUUCGACGGUGCGCGGCGAACCAACUCCGUCGAAUGCUACCAUCCCGAGAACAACUGCUGGUCCGAGGUCGCGCCCAUGCACUACGCGAGGAGCGGCGCAGGUAUACCGUCUUCAACUCUUCUCCGGCGUGGCGGCGAUGAACCAGUACAUCUACGUGGUGGGCGGCUACGACGGCGCGGCGCAGCUGGCCACCGUCGAGCGCUACGACACGGAGCGCAACACGUGGGAGGAGGUGGCGCCCGUGCGCGCCGCGCGCUCCGCGCUGUCGCUGGCCGUGCUGGACGGGAAGCUGUACGCCAUGGGCGGCUACGACGGCACCGCCUUCCUGGACGUGGUGGAGAUCUACGAGCCGGCGAGCAACACGUGGCGCAGCGGCACGCCGCUGUCGUCGGUGCGCUCGGGGCACGCGUCGGCCGUCUGCUACCAGCACGUGGCGCCGCCCGAGGCCGAGCCCGGGCCCGUCGUCACGCUCGACGUGCCGCUCGCCAACAACAUCAUCAGCACGCUGGCCAACGCGCAGCGCCCUGGCGACACCUAGCGCCUCCGCCCGGCCUGUGUCGACACCUAGGGACACCGAGCGACGACACCGCGAAGCGCACCGGUGGCAGUCGUGCUGUGACAACGCCUCGUUGUGACGAGCUGUGAGAGACGUUUUGACUAUUUUCGAUUACAAAAUAAUCUAGUAAUUUAUUCAUUCUGCCAUAUUUAUAUUAGGAGUGUUGUUCGUUAAAUACAUCUAUACGAGUCUCCGAAACUAAAUAUUAUUUUUAAAAUAAUUACUGUAAUCACUUGAGAUAAAUUUAUGUGUACGUAUCUGUGUUCGUAAGUAUAUAGCUGUGUUUUUAAUACGAAUGUAUUAUUGUUCAAAUUUAUAAAUCGAAUAUUUCAUACUUGUGACUUUUUUUAUAAGUCUAUAUCUAAAUGUUUGGCAAUGGUCAACAUUCGUAGUCAUUUUCUUGCGUCUAGAUUUAUGAAUGCAAAAAAAAAAAUAACCUUUAAAGUGAUAAAAAUUAGUUGAAAUAUGUAACUAAUCAUUAUUGAUUCAGUUUACAUAUGUUUUUUAAUUGAUGAACAAUUCCUGUUAGAAUUAGUCAAGGACACGUGGGGCGUGGCGGUCCAUUGACCCUGGCGCCUCUAAAGCCGACGGAUUAUAACCCAAAUACAAGUGUAUAUAAAUCAGUGACAUUCCUAGUUUAAUUGAAACUAGUUAAAUAUACGUUUUUAUUCAUAAGUUGAACGGUUAAGAGAUUUUAAUUGAUUAAUAUAAAUCAAUGACAAAUAUUCUCCUCGUGUUAAAGUUUACGUUGGAAGUUUGUAGGCAUGUAAAGGUAUAUUCAAUCGUAUUUACUACAAUUUCCAUUCCUAAGACGAAGUAGUCUGUUUAUACUAGAUUGGUUUGUAAACAACGUAUUUAACAUAUAUACAUUAUAUUUAAAAAAAUAAGGUGCUACGAUGUAUAUAUACUUAUUAUUAUUACGGUUGACAUCACAGAGAAAUCGUUAUUAUAUUUAAGGAGCUGAUUCUAAGAAUCCAAUAUUAGCUUUAAGUUUUUAUUUUGAAAAAAAAAACGAUUUUUGUAAUAAAAGUAUAUAUUUUUUAAUGUUAUAUAAUACGCGCGAACUAAGUUGGCCGGAAUCAUAUUAGUCAUGGCGGCGUCAAUAGAGAAUAUAGUAAGAAAAUUAUUAAUAUCUUAAACAAGCAAACAUUUUGAUAGCGUACAUUUCGCAAUAUAAUCGCGUAUUUUAAUCUAAAAAUUCAUUAACUGUUGCUAAAGUACGAAUGUAAUGUUAAACAGUGGUCGCAGAACUGGCGAGAGGCGUUAUAAAUAGUUUAAGAACCGGUAAAAACUUCAACGGUUACAUAGUUUUAUCUUUAGCCCCCCAAACCGUUUAUUUAUCAUAAUGGAACAAACUAUCAAAAUUACUAAGAAAUAUUUGAUUAUACGAAACGAAAUCAGUCAAUACGACAAUUUAACGAAAACAGCUAAUUUAUUUAUUUUAAAACUAUAAACACCAAAAAAUCGUUAAAACAAUAAAUCGCAUAGACACAUCAAUUAUUGCAAUGAAAAAAUACCUCAAUUCAAAAUGUUUGUUUAUGUAAAUACUACCGUAAUAUUCGCAUCUCUAACCCUUAGUGACGUCCGCACUUCCCGCGCUUUUGAGCACAACUGUUUCUGCGCGGUUACUGGUAAAACUGCAGUCCGACCAACUUAUAUCGCGCCUGUAGUGUAAGCCUACAAAACGAGUGUAUUACAAUUGUAGAAGGAAAAAAGGUAAAUAAACAAAAUUGACCACUAUGUUGAGUUUAAUCAGCGCGAGAAAAGUACAGAAUGAGUUUUUAAUAAAUAUUUGAUUCAUUAACGAUUAAAAGAUUUCGAUACUGCUUUUGUUAACUCCAUAUAAUUAAAUGCGAAAUUGAUACAGACUGUAGAAUGAACUAAGUAUUGCUAUGUAUAAAAACACCUUUUUGUACAUUUGAAAUUUCAUUCAUUUCUUUGAACUUAAAAAAUAUAUAAAUCCAUUUAUCGUACGCGUACGUUUAUUCUAUUUUCGAAUAACAAAUAAUAUUAAAUUUUAAAAUAACAAAAAUAUAAAUAAUAUCUCAUUUAAAUUUCUAAUAUUUCGUUUUAAGAAUAAUUAAUUAUUGCUUCGUUAGUUUUAAGAUAUCCACGAUAUGCAAGGAAUCUAUUACCAUUUCGGUAAAAAUGUCUCGAUUGGUAAAUCUUCCAGUGUCAACGAGAUGUUGGAAGCGAAAUUAGUGUUUGUUGUAAUUAGUUUAAAUCGUUUUAGUUAUAUCUUAUAUUACUUUAAAAUUCUUUGUAAUACGUAAUCUGUCGGUAAAUCGCAUAGCGAUAAAGACUUAUUCACCUAUUUUCCUUCUUCAAUUGGAAAUGAUUAUAUGUAAAAUUGUCAGACAUUAAUAUAACUCAAAGUAAUAUCUGUUUUCUAUUUAUAUAAAAUCUAAAAGCAGUAUAAAUAUAUAAAUCCUUUUUUGUAAAUAUAAAAUGGUUAUGUAACUUAUAUUAUGAAUGUGAAUGUUUACAUGUAUUUAAACGAAGUGAACACAUUUAGAUAUAUUUGUAAGGAAAAUAAAGACUGCAA